AUCGUGAAAGAGGCUGAUUAAUGGCACCAGCAUUGGGCCAUGUCUUCUUUGGCCCAGGCUUCCUUUUCCGAAGAUACAACCAGCCGAAGAAACGUCUAAGGGGUGCGUUAGAUGGUGCACAACGUGCACAGGAUGGAGGAGGAAUCCCCGCAGGAGGAUAAAAAGGCCGAGGCGUUAAAUAUGCAGAUCGUUCUUGCGAGGCCGAAUACCUCGUCGGACGAUGUUCGCAACGGUCAGCCACGUGCUUCCGGUCAGGAAGAAUUCACGUGUUCUUUGUACAUCUCGCGUGCCGUCGGGCCUCAAGGCCAAGUGCAUGGGAUACAAGGUGGCGAAUUGGUACGUUCGAACUUGGAAGAGGUGAUCCGUGCGUCUGACCCCUUGGCAACCUGGCUGGUAUCUGAAACUCCUUGCGGUUUAAUCGCGGCAUUCGCGCGUGAAGCUGACGCCGAGAAGCUGUUGCAGCGCGUAGAUUUGGCACGUGUUUUCGAAGGGCCAGUACAAGUGGCUCGAUUCUCGGCGAAAGACUCUCGUUAUAGACAGGCGGUCCUUCUUCGCGACGUACCCUGGGCCAUUCCCUUACAGGAUAUCAACUCUGCCCUGACGAAGCAGGGCAUCGCGGCAGGAAGCGUAGAACGCUGGCGGCAAUACGUACGCGUCGAGGUACUAGACGCUGGACACUACGAGUUGUUGUUACGUCAAGGCUUGGACUUUUUCGGCGCCGCUCGGUUCAGCGCUAUCCCCGAGCGUUGGUGGCGCGGAGGAACCGGAAAUGCCGGUGGACCGCUGCAGGCAGGUCCGGGAAUGGUCAGCAACUUCCUCGAGGCGUCCAACUUUCAAACCGGGGACGGCGUGUUACAAUGUUAUCGAUGCCAGGGUUUCUGGCACAUGGCUGCGAAUUGCAGACACCUACCGCGUUGCGUACGGUGCGGCGAACCGCACAGCGUCGAGUUCUGUCCCAGGCCCCGGAACAAUCCUAUAUGCUGUCAUUGUUCCGGCCCCCAUCACGCCGGCUAUCGCCAAUGCCCUGUUCGACAGCAGCUUUCGAACGCGACGCCUAUUAGUAUCACGUUGAGCACCACCCGAAUUGGAAAUCAAUACUCAAUGAACGCGGCCUCCAAGACGAAUGCGUCUUCUCACGAGCCGCAGCCCUUGAAGACGAGCCAGUCCUAACUUGAGAAAUUACUGUAUCGAUGCAUCCGUUUGUCCGUCCAUUCGCUGACCUCACUCCGAUUAUAAAUUUACCCGCGUUUAUCGAGACUCGUAAGCGCCGCUUCUAUCGCGAACUUGUAAAUCUUUUAUACUGCCGAUACAUUUUAAAAUGUACCCGCGAUUAAAUUUUCUAAUUCUUUAAAUGUAUAACAAAAGCGACUAACUAACAUCUUUGACCGACAGGUAAAUGCUUAAAAUUCAAGGUAAUAAAUUUAUUAUGCAAAAACAACGACUGUAUACUUG